AUGUAUCAAUAUCCCGCACAACCACCGCCUGGGUGGUCAUCCUACGACUAUGCGACCACUUCGCCCCCUCAUUACCCCUAUUACCCCGCGAACUACGCCUCGCCGCACGCUUCUCCUCGUUCCAAGCGGCAUUCUUACCGUGCCAGCUAUUCGGCUGCCAAGGAACCGGCAGGUGGUUGGCAGUCGAUGCCACAAGGGUAUGCGGGUUACUAUGAUUCAGUGCACGGCUAUUCCUCGCCUCCGCGAAAGCACGAAAAAGUAAGUGCUGCUUAUGGCGAAAGCCACUUCGGUGCAACAAGUGGGACAGCGCGUCGCCGUUCCUCCAUGCCGACUGGCGACCCCUUUUACCACCCCACCUCGACGUGGCGAUCGCAGAAACGACCCUUCUUCACCGAUGUGGUUGACGAUGCUUUCGAUACGCCUCACUCUUCAUCCUAUGUGCCUUCUCCGUUUGUGCCUCACGGCACAUCGGCCGGGGGCGCCAGCCGUGGUUUUGGUGAACCCAAAAUUUCGGCUGCUAGACGGAGUGCUGCUGAAUAUCUUUUUUAUCGUAAGGCAAAGCCAACCACUGAUCAGUCUUUCUCCUGCAACCAGGUUCCCGUCUAUGAUGAAGCGGACUCUCCCAAACGCUCCCGUGCUCGUCGCGCCUCCACCUCCACCCGCACUCCACAGAAACCCAAAGCCUCCGCUGCUGCUGCUACGUCAAAACACGCCAAAGCCACCGAGGCAGAUGCCAUCCGCAUGGGUAUUCCGGAAGGCUACUCGAUAAAGCACUGGGAUCCCAACGAAGAACCAAUCGUCCUCCUCGGUAGCGUUUUCGAUGCCAAUUCCCUUGGCAAGUGGAUUUACGACUGGACGAUGUUCCACCACGGAGCCUCUGCGCCAAUGGCCGACGUUGCGGGCGAUCUGUGGCUGCUUCUUAUCAAACUGGCGGGCAAAGUAAAACGGGCGCAGGAAUGCGGGCCGCGAAUACGCAACACGGAAGCACGGGAGAUGGUGGAAGACUUUCUGGAAAGUGGGGAGAGGCUGUGGCAUCGGUUCGAGAAACUGCUAAAGGCGUGUGAACAUUUCAUGUGGAAGGCUGCGAAGCGGGAGAGCAGCAAGGGAGGGCCCGUCCAGAUGGGUCGCAAUGCCGGGUGCGAAUUUGUCGAUUCGAUCUUUGGUCGCGACCGCGAGUUGGAGAACACGGAGAAGUUGAUGAAUAGCAUUCGGUUGUGGGAUAUGCGUUUUGAUGCUAACUGCGACGAGAUCUUGCGCCGUCCGACCGCGCUCUAA